AUCGAUAUCAACUUUUGCUUCUAUGGGUAACAUUUCGAGAAUUGCUAACGAUCACCUUUUUACAGUUCACAAUAAAUAAAAAGAAAUGUAUUGCUAAAUCAUUACAAAACUCAAGGAAAAUAUUGUAGACGCACAAGUAAGAGUAACACGUUGAGAAACGUAUGUUUUCUACCAUAUCAAUUAAUAAGAUAGAGAAAAACAAUUAAACCAAACUCAAACGCUAUGCUAAUAAGAAAGCAGAGCAAUAGAGUUUGAGAGUAGCUAGAGAGAGCGACAUCACAACAAAUGAGAAUCCCGUCGACGUCAAGAGCCGGCGGCGAGGGGAAGAAGGCGAAGCCGGCGCCGUGUUGCACGAAAGUGGGGCUGAAGAGGGGGUCGUGGACGGCGGAGGAGGACGAGCUGCUGAGCAACUACAUAAAGAGAGAGGGCGAGGGGAGGUGGAGGACUUUGCCGAAGAAGGCGGGGCUCCUCCGUUGCGGGAAGAGCUGCCGUCUCCGUUGGAUGAACUACCUCCGUCCUUCCGUCAAGCGCGGCCACAUCUCCGCCGAUGAGGAAGAUCUCAUCCUCCGCCUCCACCGCCUCCUCGGCAACAGAUGGUCUUUAAUAGCUGGAAGAAUUCCUGGGCGUACAGACAACGAGAUCAAGAACUAUUGGAAUACUCAUCUGAGCAAGAAGUUAAUUAGUGAAGGAAUUGAUCCCAAAACUCACAAACCCUUCAACCCUAAUCCCUCCAUUAUUAAUCAUAGUCAUAACAGAGAUGGAGAUGGAGAUGGAGAUAAAGGAAUUCUAGAUUGCUGCAACGACGACUCUCUAUCUUCAUUCUUGAAUUCCUUGAUUAAUGAUGAGAUGUUUAGCAGCCAGCACCAAGAUCACCCCGCCCAACAUUAUUAACCGUGUUACUUCUUCAUUGGAUUAAAAUAAAGUUUACAACUUAAUUGGUUUUCUUUUUAUUUAAGUAAUUAAUAUAUAUAUUACAUGCAUGUUUUGGGAAUCUCAAAUUCCCAACAUAUUGGUAUAUAGUAUGCUUUAAUUUGAUUGAUCUU